CUCUUUCAUGCAUCUAGACUCCCCAUUAACCCACAAAAUGACAAAAAUAUCGAUUCCUUUUCCGUUUUAUAAAACUAUUUCUUGUGUUAUGGCUACUGAAAUAUGAAACACCUCCUGAGAAGCCUAUUAACUUGUUGCAUUUCUACGUUGUCACGGUCUCUACUAUAGUGUCGUCUCAAGCUAGAACUUGCACCUUGAUAAUGGUUCCCAAAGUUUAUGCUGGCCAGGAAAUGGCAAUGGUUGAGAAUGAUAAUUGCAUAAUGAAUGGUAACUGGAAGAAACGUGUGCAUGUUUUUGGUGAGAGGGUGAGGAGAAUUCCUACUAAGGCUUGGCAAACUACAUGGAGGGUGGGACGUGAAGAUCCAAGAAGGUUGAUCCAUGCAGUCAAAGUUGGUUUGUCCCUCACUCUGGUUUCUCUGUUGUACUUGUUGGAGCCAUUUUACAAGAGCAUUGGACAGAGUGCUAUUUGGGCUGUCAUGACUGUGGUGGUUGUGUUGGAAUUCACAGCAGGGGCAACUUUGUGCAAAGGACUCAACAGAGGAUUGGGAACACUGUUAGCAGGAUUAUUGGCAUUUAUUGUUGGGUAUGUUGCAGAUGCAUCUGGCAGAGUCUCUCAAGCUAUCAUCAUCGGAGCUGCAGUUUUUUUUAUAGGAGCUCUAGCUACUUAUAUCAGGUUUAUUCCCUAUAUCAAGAAGAAUUAUGACUAUGGUAUAGUUAUAUUUCUCUUGACUUUCAACCUUAUUGCUGUCUCAAGCUACCGGGUUGAUAAUGUGUUGAAGAUUGCACAUGAGCGUGUAUACACCAUUGCCAUAGGCUGUGCUGUUUGCCUUCUCAUGAGUCUUCUGGUAUUUCCAAAUUGGUCAGGAGAAGACCUCCAUAAUUCCACUGUUUACAAGCUUGAAGGCCUUGCAAAAUCUAUAGAAGCCUGUGUGAAUGAAUACUUUUAUGGAGAGCUAGAAGGAUCUGGAGAUAUAAAAUUGUCUGAGGAUCCAAUAUACAAAGGUUAUAAGGCUGUUUUGGAUUCAAAAUCCAUUGAUGAAACACUGGCAUUGCAUGCAAGUUGGGAGCCAAGGCACUCUAGGUACUGUCACAGAUUUCCAUGGCAGCAAUAUGUGAAAGUUGGAGCUGUUCUGCGUCAGUUUGGUUAUACUGUUGUGGCCCUUCACGGCUGUUUGAGAACAGAAAUUCAGACACCACGAUCUGUGAGAGCCAUGUUCAAGGACCCUUGCAUUCGGCUUGCAGCAGAGGUAUCGAAAGUACUGAUAGAACUUUCCAACAGCAUAAGGAAUCGCCGGCAUUGCUCUCCAGAAAUACUGUCCGAUCAUCUGCACGAAGCCCUGCAGGACCUGAACACUGCCAUAAAAUCUCAACCUCGGCUCUUCUUGGGCCCGAAACACAGGCACAACCAAGCCAGCAACAUGUUCAAAAUAGCUGCCGAACAAGUUGGGCAUGGAAAGACCUCCCUUUCAAGUGUUAAAACCGAUUCUUCGGCAUUGCUGGAGUGGAAAAACAAAAGGGUUACCACUGAACAGACAAAGGAAUCAGAACGAAAGUCUCUGAGGCCCCAACUGAGUAAAAUUGCAAUCACUAGCCUUGAGUUCUCUGAGGCUCUUCCUUUUGCUGCAUUUGCAUCUUUGCUUGUGGAAACAGUUGCAAAACUGGAUCUUGUGAUCGAGGAAGUUGAGGAACUGGGGAGACUCGCAUGCUUCAAAGAGUUCAUACCUGGUGAUGAAUUUGUUGUCACCUGUGACGAGCCUCGAAUUGACGUGUUUCAGAACCAUUUACCAUCUCAUGGAGUGGACUAACUGAGAGAGAGAAACCUCACAUAAUCUGUUAUUUGAUG